GCCAUGGUGAUGCGCGCUGGCGCUUGUUUGGAUCGCGAGAGGCUGCGGUGUUGUUCGGAGGUAAGGGAGGGAGGGAUGGAGGAAGAGGUAUGGGAGGACUUCGGGACGACGAUCGAAGCUUGAGUGGCGUGCCACUGUAGUAGUCCGCCGUCAGAUGAUACUCUCAUGCUUCAGUGUGGCUCGGUCCUCCCGAAGGGUUCCAUGGGAUCGUGACACUUGACGACACUUCAACUCUCCUUCGCGACUUCCACAUCCUUCUCGCAGUAUCUUUCUAUACCAAGUCUUAUUGUUUAUAAUAUCCCCUUCAGUAUUGUGGUCGACAGUAGUGAUGUUGUUUCUCGGAGGUAUGUCCGUCUCCGUCAAAUCCUCGUAUCUUUUGCCAGCUCAGACAUGCCUGCAUAAAACAUUAGCUCUCGAUCUCUUUAUGAACUUACAAUGUCCUCAAUGCUACCAUCUCCAUUCUGUCACUUAUGCGAUGCUGGCAAGAUGUAGUUCAAUUAGCCUUCAACUCAAACCUGCUUUGCCCCCGUCUCCACCGCACCAGUACAACCUCGGAAGUUCUUGCAUGUCGCCUUCACCGCAGGGAGGUCUUGCGAGUGGACAAGUACUGUGUACGUAAGCCGUUAGACAGGAGUCGGCAGCGGCCCGAUGGUUGGCUCCUUGGAAGUCCAAAUGAAUUUGAUCGCCGAUCCGUGCUCGCCGGCGAGCCGGUUGGGCAGGGUCUGUAGGGAGGCAACGUCAAGGGUAAACGAAAUAAUAGGUGCCCCUUGAGCUGCUAGGCCUGCUCUAACAGGUGCAGCUUGCCACAGGAGUAGUGGUAUGUUGAGAAUGAUCUGGUCAGUUCGCCAUCAGUGAAAGCCGCGGUAUCAACGAAGGAAGCGAAUAGACCCAUGGCUAGAUGUUCAUAUCACGGGGAUUAACAAUAUAUAGAUAGCAGCGAGGCAGACACGGAUGAAGCACCUGAUGUCGCGGCUCUCGUGCCCAUUUCGCUAAGUCUUACGAAAGCGAGACAGAAUAGUGAAGGGCUGUGGUAUCAACGAAGGGAAGAC